UUACAUUUAUUUUUAUUUUUUUAAGGGUAAUAUCAAAGAACCAAAAAGUUUAAUAAGGACCUACUUCUAGGCAGGAAACAAAUUUUUAUGUAUUUAAGCAAUUCUAUUGUAAAUUUGAUCCAAGAAGCGUUUCAGAAUAAGUAACCUUUAUAGACCAUCUCCUAAACUAGCUAUGUUUUAUGAAUUUUGACAUUUACAUAAAACGUCUCAAAACCCUUCAUAAUCACAUAGUGGUUUAUAUUGUCAAAAAGUAAGGGCUGGUUUCUUAGUAAGAUAUCAAGAGAGUCCUUACCUCCUUAAAGGACAUGGCGUAAAAAUACAACAGAGGAAAAUGUGAUCCAGAGAACAUAGCAUUGUUAUAGGCAAUCUUAGGAUUAAGCUUCAGCUGAAGCUCUAAUCAAAGGUUAGGGUUCCAAAGUGUUGUGUACAAACUCCAGCAGACCAUACACUAAAGCUGGUAAGACUGGAUUUGCAGAGCCUGUGAAAAUACUCUACGUAGGCAGUUUUAACAAUGACUUCCUGCUACCGUCCAGCUCCAAUGAAAAUGAUCUUCCUUUAAUCUAAAGAACAGGCAUGUAACUGGCAGAACCGGACUCUCCAGGUGUCAAGACUCCAACACCACAGGUGGAAAAGCAACAGAAGGAACAAGACAAAAAGAUUAUGACUCUGACCUGAAGCAGAAGAAAAUAUAAGAAUCCCAAUCUGUACAUGAUGCCAAUGGAAGAAAGAGAAGAUGAAAGACCGCCUUCAAGAACUAAAGCAGAGAACAAAGGAAAUUGAACUUUCCAGAGAAAGUCAUGUGUCAACUACAGAAGCAGAGGAACAAGGAGUGUUUCUUCAGCAAGCUGUUAUUUAUGAAAAAGAGCCUGUAGCUGAGAGACAUCUACAUGAAAUCCAAAAACUACAGGAGAGUAUUAACAAUUUGGCAGAUAAUGUUCAAAAAUUUGGGCAACAACAGAAAACUCUGGUGGCUUCAAUGAGAAGGUUUAGUCUACUUAAGAAAGAGUCUAGCAUUACAAAGGAGAUAAAAAUCCAAGCAGAACACAUUAACAGAAGUUUGGAUGAUUUAAUUAAAGAAGUUAAAAAGUCAGAAGCUGAAAAUGGUCCAUCAUCAGUGGUCACAAGGAUACUUAAAUCUCAGCAUGCUGCGAUGUUCCGCCAUUUUCAGCAAACCAUGUUUAUAUACAAUGACACAAUAGCAGCAAAGCAAGAGAAGUGCAAGACAUUCAUUUUCCGUCAGCUUGAAGUUGCUGGAAAAGAGGUGCCUGAAGAAGAAGUAACUGAUAUGCUUCUUCAAGGAAAAUGGGAAGUCUUUAAUGAAAGCUUACUUACAGAAAUCAAUAUCACUAAAGCACAGCUUUCAGAGAUUGAACAGAGACACAAGGAACUUGUUAAUUUGGAGAACCAAAUAAAGGAUUUAAGGGAUCUUUUCAUUCAGAUAUCUCUUUUAGUAGAGGAACAAGGAGAAAGCAUCAACAAUAUUGAAAUGAUAGUGAAUAGCACAAAAGAAUAUGUUAAUGAUACUAAAGAAAAAUUUGGACUAGCUGUAAAAUAUAAAAAAAGAAAUCCUUGCAGGAUAUUGUGUUGUUGGUGCUGUCCAUGCUGUGGCUCAAAAUAAAGAAGUUAUUUUAGAAACUUUUCCAUCUUUAUGGUGAAAGAUGGCCUAUAGUUCAGUGUCUUAUAUUAUUUUUUCUUCAAUUCAUGGAUCCAUUCAUAUCUUUCAUCACUAUUAAGUUGUAAUUUUUCCCUUUAAAGCAAACCCAUUUAGAAUUACAGAAACUUCUGAGGCCAGUUACAUGAACCAAGUCUUUAUUUAAUAAAACUACAACAUCAUGGUUACCAUCAUCAACUC